AUUUAAAUGAUAAAUAUAUAAUUUUCCUUAUAACAAAGUAAACGUUUUUAACUUAUUGACAAGAAAAAAUGGGCCUUUAUCGGUUUCUUUCUUAUUUAAUUAUUAUUCUUCUUAUGGGAAAUUAUGUAAACUUAAGUAAAUAUAAAUUCCAAUACCCGAAAAAAUUGUCAACUCUUGAAGAAUGUAGACGUGUCUGUUCAGAUUACGAACCACCUCGUCAUUGCUAUUAUCAUUUUGCAAUCGAGUAUUUUCACACGAUGGGCAGUCCUUGCUUUCCUUGUCGACAAAAUGGCACUGAUCAAUUAUUGAAUAUGCCAAAUUGUCAAUGCAUUGAAGCUGAUGGUAAAAAGAGAACAGUUAUAUCAAUUAACAGAGUAUUUCCAGGUCCAAGCAUUCAGGUAUGCGAGCACGAUACAUUAAUAGUAGACGUUGAAAAUAAAGCCGAAGGUCUUGAAAUGACUUUACAUUGGCAUGGAUUAUUCCAAAAAGGAUAUCAAUAUUACGAUGGUGUUCCAAUGGUAACCCAAUGUCCAAUAAUGGCCGGAAGUACAUUUAGGUAUCAAUUUCCUGUUAACAAUGCCGGUACAUUCUUUUAUCAUGCUCAUGUCUCAACACAAAGAAUGGACGGUCAAUUUGGUAGUUUAAUUGUACGCCAAACACCAAGACGUGAUCCUCAUUGGCAUCAUUAUGAUGAGGAUCUUCCUGCUCACGUAAUAAUGGUACAUGAUUGGUUUCAUCAUUUGUCAAGUGAAAAACAUCCGGGAAUUUACACUCAACCUUUAGCACCACCUGAUAAUCUUUUGAUUAAUGGAAGAGGUCGAUUUCAGGAUUUGGAUGGUAAAGUAACUAAUACAACUUUAGAAACAUUUUACGUAGAACCAGGAAAAAGAUACAGAUUCCGUUUUAUAAAUGCAAUUAGUUUAAGAUGCACCGCAAUAUUUACAAUAGAAAAACACGAUAUCACCGUCAUUGCACAAGACGGUUCUUCAGUUUGUCCAGAAACAGUAACUUCUUUACAUUCCGGUGGAGGUGAAAGAGUAGAUUUUAUCUUAACAGCAAAUCAAAAACCAGGAUCCUAUUGGAUUCAAACAAGAGGAUUAAUGGAUUGUGCAGAAAAAGAAAAUCAACAAUUGGCAAUUAUUUCCUAUUUAGGUGCUUCCAAAACACCACAAUCAUCUAUGCCUACAUACAAAAAUUACCUACCUGAAGGAAAAAUGUAUAAUCCAAUAGAUGGUAAAUGUGAUAAAUCAAAAUCAAAUGCAAUAUGUGUUGAUCAGUUCAAAGGCACAGAAUUUUUAGAUAAAAGAUUAACUAAAGGUGAACCUGAUGAAAGAUUUAUUUUUCCUCUUGAUUUACAUUCUUUCGAGUAUGGGGAGAAAAAUCCUUUCUACAGUACCAAUAAGUUUCAUAAAAAAUCUCCCUAUCCAACUUAUCCUUUAUCUAUUACGGCAACGAUUGAUGGUAUAUUAUUUGUACCUCCUUCGGAACUUUUAAUUUCUAGUAAUAUACAUUCAAGGGAUACUUGCAAUCGAAAAUACAAUUCUUAUAAUCAAUGUCCAAAUCCUUGUUAUUGUACUCAUGUUGUGGAUAUUAAGAAAAAUUCUAUCGUUGAAAUCAUUUUAUAUGACAAAGCUGGUGUAGAACCUGUUGUACAUCCAUUUCACUUACAUGGAUAUAAAUUCACAGUUUUAAAAAUUGGACCACAAAGGAGUCAAAAUUAUACUAUCAAUGACAUACAUUCGAUUUUGAAUGAUCAUAAAAAAGUUUUAAGCACUACUGGCUAUAGUCGUCAUUUGCCAAUGAAAGACACUGUUAUUAUUCCAACAGCAGGAUACGUUAUACUGCGUUUCAUUGCUGAUAAUCCAGGAUGGUGGAUUUUUCACUGUCACAUUGAUUGGCAUAUGGUUGAAGGAAUGAAUAUGAUUCUACACGUUGGAGAACGUUAUGAUCUUCCUCCAGUUCCACCAAAUUUUCCUAAAUGUGGUUCCUGGUUACCAACUAUAUAAUUGUUUUUUGAUGACACUAAAUCUGUUUUAAUUUUAAUUAACACAUUGCAAUUAUAUUUCAAUAAACAAAAAUAAUUGUUCAUAAAAGCUCUCAGAUGAUGUUUGCAAAAUAAUUAUACUUCUUGAAUUA